AAAGUAUUAGUCUCACAGGUCAGUGUCGCAUUCUACACGUAUUCUGCUUGGUUAAUUUCAAGUCUUGAUUCCACUGAAACCUGUAAAGUGUGUCGCCACCACCCCUUAAACUAAGGGUGGCAUCUCCCAGCUGUCAAGGCAGGAUCCCCUCCCCUUGUUAGUAGGGUGAGGCACGCGGACUCGGCUGUCAAGACCCCUCGUUAGCGGAGUGAAGCACGCGGACGCACGGUCAGGCUAGCCCCAUCUGGGAGUGGUUUCUAUAGUAACCGCCAAGUGUCUGGUUUUUCCCGCCAAACACUAAGUCUGAAGAUGCCUACCGUGUCUAAAUUCACCAGGCAGCGCAGCGUUAAGGUUACAUUUCUCCAGGUCGAAGAUGCCCAGUUUAGUGAUGCCAUUGAACUGUUGAAAAAACAUGGGGUAAACCCACUGACCGACAUCGUGGGAAUACAACGGAGAACAAGGGGAGUAUGUGAGAUCACCUUCAAGUCCCAAUCAUCCCUCGCCAAAGUGAGCCCUCGACUUACAUAUGACAGUGCAGUUGAUGUCGAGUUGUACGGCUCCGGGUUGACAGUGAUAACAGCCUUUGGCAUACCUGUUGAAAUGGAUGAUAACUUUAUCCGCCAUCGGCUCAGAGAGUUUGGUACUGUAGAGGACAGCCGUUUCCUUACCUAUGCGAACCAAGGUUUCCCUGAAAUCCUGACCGGUACUAGGCAGUAUCGUAUGAAGAUCACAAAGCACAUCCCGAAUUCUAUCCGUAUCGGCAGUGAACUUGUGACCUUUAGGUACAACGGACAGCCGAGGAUCUGUCACCGCUGUGGCAGUGACGAGCAUUUUGUCGCCGCUUGUACAGCCGUUAAGUGCACCCGCUGUUUUGAGAUUGGUCAUUUAGCCACCGAUUGUGACCAAGACAUCAAAUGUAACAUCUGUGGAGGGGAAGGUCACUCUGCAAGGUCGUGCCAACUCAGCUUUGCAAACAGGCUGAACGUCACCACUAGCUGGACCAAGAUCACCCCUACACAGCCGAACGACAAGAGUGUAAAGAAACCAGUUACACCUGGUGAAAACGAGUAUACCAGUCAGAGUUCAGUACAGGACAACACACCGACAGUCCCUAAGGUGGUGGUGAGUACGGCUGAGCCCCAAAACGGAGUGGUGAGUACGCCUGAGCCCCCAAACGGAGUGGUGAGUACGCCUGAGUCCCCAAACGGGGUAGUGAGUACGCCUGAGUCCCAAGACGGGGGUAAAGAGCCGCCAGGCGGUGAGACUGACAUGGAGGACGCAGAGGACUUGGUCACCAGCCAAACUGACGGCCUCCUUCUCAAAUUAGACGACUCAGGGGAUAUCAGCGCCGAAUACGAAACAGACGAAGAGAGUGUCAACAAACGACCUCUCCCUUCAAGCCAGAGCGACUCCGAUGACGCGGACACCUCUGCAAGACGAACCGGAAAGGCAACUGGUAAAAAGAUAAAGAAAGACGCAGAUGCAAGUCCUAGCGAGUCUGAUGACUCGGACACCUCUGCAAGACGAAACGGCAGGGCAGUUGAAAAAAAGUCUAAAAAAGAUGCAGACGAGAAGGGGACAACUAAAACGCUCCCUUCUCCUGGUAAAGCCUUAGUGUCUUACAAGACCAAAGUUGUCCCUUCAUCUUCCUUACGGAAGAAGGGUAGGAAGGGUCCGAAGUAA